AUGGCAUCCGCAAUAACAAUCCCCUCUUUUCUCCUACCUCGCGCCAUUCCUAAAUCCGCAUCGUCACACAUCCUCCUCCGCCGCACUCCCGCAAAACCAUCCGCCUCCCGCCGCUGCGCCUCGACAUCAUCGCCGAAACCCCGCGUGCUCGAAAAGCCAGACAAGUUCCGUCCCCCUUCGCAUCCAGCCCGGAGGGUGCUCUCGCCCCAAUGCCGUGCCGCGAAACUACCCCGGCCCGCCGCUGUCGGCCAAGGAGCGUGA